CUCACCUCGGUUCGUUGUUGUGAAUAUUCUGUCACUGACCGGCUUUUGUGCCUGCAUUGCCGCUAAACGAAGACGACCUUUGAUCUUUUGACCUCUGACACAGAACUAGACAACCUAACAGCAAUGUUGCUUGGAAUUUUGAGGACUGCUUGGUUCUUGUUGUGUCUGCUCGUGUUCGGCUACACUUUCAUUGUCAGCGGUAUAAUCAUUAAUUUGUUGCAAUGUUGUUCACUCGUUAUCUGGCCGUUCAGCAGGAAGAUAUAUCGAAUCAUCAACUGCAAGCUGGCGUAUUAUCACUGGUGUCAAAUGGUGUACUUGACCGACUCGUGGUCAAGUAGCAAUUGUGUGCUUUACAUGACUGAUGAUGAUGUCAAAUAUCUCGGUAAGGAGACGGCGCUGGUGAUUAUGAAUCACAAAUUUGAUGUUGAUUGGUUGUUUGGCUGGGUAAUAACAGAUCGGUACAAGUUAUUAGGGGCAUCUAAAGUGUUUGCAAAGAAUUCGUUGAAGUAUGUUCCAUUUAUCGGCUGGUCAUGGAUAUUACUUGAGAUGAUAUUUCUCCGAAGAGAUUGGAAUCGAGACAAACCGUACCUGAUUGAGCAGCUCAAGGUUCUAGCGGAGUAUCCGCUGCAUUGCUGGACACUUCUUUUUUGUGAAGGAACUCGGUUCACAGAGUCAAAGAAAGCUCGUAGCAAUGAAAUAGCAAGAGCAAAAGGACUGCCAGAACUUAAACAUCAUCUAUUGCCGAGGACCAAGGGAUUUGUUGUUGUUAUGGAGGCAUUCAAGGGCAAAGUUCCUGCUAUCUAUGACUGUACACUUUCAUGUUCUGCUGAUUAUGCCGAACCUACUAUGUAUAAUGUGGUGAUGGGCAGAAAAUGUCAAGGACACAUGCUUGUUAGACGAAUAAAGAUAACUGAUGUUCCUACAGAUACAGAAGAAAAUACUGCCAACUUUUGUCACCAGAUUUAUCAAUUUAAGGACAGAGCAUAUGAACAUUUUCAGAAAAAUCAAACAUACGAAAAUUUUGAAGGCGGCAAGUUCCAUAAACAUGUGAUUCCAAGGCGUUAUGCGUCCUUACUAAUUGAGACGUUCUGGGUUUUAGUCCUCGCAGUUCCAUCUUUUUAUUACUUUAUAAGUCUGAUGAUAAACGGGUCUUUAUGGGUGACUGUGACGGUGUUUGUCUUCAUAGUGCUGUCUGUUCUGUUGAUACGUGCAAUGAUUUCUGUAACAGACAGACAUCAAGGAUCCACCUAUGGAAAAGUAGCUCAGAAAGAUGAAAACAACGGUAUUGUUAUGAAUGGCAGUAAUAAGAAAAUACAAUAG